AUGUCGGACCGCACAAUGCAGCUCAUUGAAGCGGUUCUGGCUGCUGACGCGCACAAAGACGAGCAGAUCGCAGAACUACGGCAAGAAAAUGCGCGCCUCAUCAUGAACACCUUCCAGCCACAUCGUACUUGUGUAGACAAUAGUUGGGAUGAUGGUAAUGGCGGCUAUUUUAAGACCGCAGAAGAGGACGACAUUCACGAGUCCAGCCUUGCCACUUUACGUGCUAGUCAUGAAGAGCUCGCGCGCCGCGCUCAACGGAGUGCCGAAGCUGAUCUGAAAGUGGAAGAAAUGAAGGUCAAGGUCGAGCAGGAUAAGCUGGCCAAAGGCAAGAACUUGGUAGACAAAGUCAAAGGCAAGCUCCGAGGCUUAAGCCAUGAGAUUGAGGUCGAGGAAGACAAGUUAGUGAAGAUCAAAGGCCAAGUGGACGACGCCAGAGUUCAACUAGACAACUACCAGCUUCAGUUGAACGACGCGAGGAUCGAACUGGGCGGCAUCACCACUCAGAUCGAAACCAUGAGGCUCGAUUUACACCAAGUCAACAAUCGCGCAGAUAACAUGCAGAACGCACCAAGUGGCAUCAUUGACAACUCACGAGUCGAUCACUCUCAGAGUACCACCAUCCACCACCAUUAUCAAGCCGGAUCAGCAGCUGUGCUUACAACCCCACCUGUACCUUCAUCCACCCACAUGACUGAGGCUCAUACACAGAUAACGCAGCUCAAUGACACACGCCAAGAUCAGUAA